AUGGCGAAAGUCGUGGAUGAAUGGGGCUCCGCUUCCUUUCUACGCUUGCGCGGCAAGGAAGCCCUCACUUCCGGCCUUGCGCGCUCAGGGUCUGAACCUAACGGGCGCAAAACUAUCAGCAGGAAGUUCAACCCCUUGGUUACCUCGGACCGCAGCAAAAACCGCAAACGCCACUUCAGUGCGCCCUCGCACGUGCGCAGGAAGAUCAUGUCUUCCCCACUCUCCAAGGAGCUGCGGCAGAAGUACAGCGUCCGCUCCAUGCCCAUCCGCAAGGACGACGAGGUCCAGACAUCAGCAGUAAGCAGGACUGACAAGGCACCUGUCGCCAUGGAGCUCGACAUUUUAGAGCAGGGAUUCCCAGCCUCAGCACUGUUGACAUCUUGGACUGGAUGCUUCUCCCCACUAGAUGCCAGUAGUACCUCCUCACGUUUGUGACAGGUGAAAAUAUUUCCAGAUAUUGUCAAAUGUCCCUGGGGAGCAAAAUCCACCCCCCCUUCCCCUAAUUGAGAACCAUUGUUUUAGAGAAUGAAAUGGGAUACGGUUAAGGGAUUUGGUAUAUCUUUUAAGGCACGUGGACACUUUGAAGCUUUGAGGAACAUUUCGAGGAGAAGCUUGAAACCAGGGGAUAAUUUGGCCUGAGGGAAUGAAAGGAAUAGAGUGGGAAGUAUAGUUUUGAGGUAUGAUCAACAGUUGCAACUUCUCUUCUAGAUCCUUCCCAUCAGACAUGUUCUAGAAUGGGGGAAUUGCAAGUGCAUGUAAGGGCUAGUAGGCAUAUUAAAAAAGGGAAGUUGGCUGAUGGCAAGAAAAUAGCAACUGGAAAGCUCAUGCCUCAUUUAAAGGAGAUUGUGGUGUACCUUCAGCCCAUUGCUACUACAGGGAAAUGCAGGCUCCUUGUUGUCAGAUUCUUGAUUUUGCAAGAAAACUAGAAAGUUUAGAUUCUCUUCCCAGUCCUCCAUUUCCUUCUAGCUACUACUACUCUGUUCUGCAUGUAUGGCCAGUGUCCUCAAAAGAGUUGUCUACACUUCCUCACCUUCCCAUUUAUGCCUAGAGCCUCUCCAAUCUGAUUUGUAUCUCACUACUUUAUAGAAACUGCUUUUGGCUGAGAUCAGAACCUGUUUGUGACUAAAUCCGGGACACAUCUUGGUCUCAUCAUGCUUGACUUUUUCAGCAGCACUUGGCAUAGGUAGCACUGCCUUACUUCUUGAAAUAGUUUGGCUUUUUCGCUUCUGUGACCGUUCAGGCUCAGUUUACUUUUGACUUCUCAGAUUCCUUUGCUGGUCUCCUCUGAUCCGUAAAUGCUGGAGUUUGUCAGCAUCUGCACCUGGUCUAACAUCUCAUCUUGCCUACAUUGCUUCCCUGGGUGAUACUAUCUAUUCCGAGAUCCAAACGUCUGCCCUAUGCUAACAACACCCUAUUUUAUAUCCCAACCCAAACCACUUUCCAGAACACAGACCUGGAGAUCUAACUAUGUGCGGAACAUCUUUAUUUAAAAACCUCAUAGUUGUAUUAAAGAGGGCACGUUCAGCGUGGAGCACUGGGUGUUAUGCACAAACAAUGAAUCAUGGAACACUACAUCAAAAACUAAUGAUGUAUGGUGAUUAACACGACAAAAAAAUUAAAAAAAAAAAAAAACAAACAAACCUCAUAGUUGUCUCAAGCUUCCAAUCUGGGAGUACUCUUGACCGGAACACUGCUACUCUCUAUAAUCUGCUUUUCCUCCCAUCUUUCACACUUCAAUAAGCAUCACUUUUUCACUUGGCUGUGCCAUAAACCUUUAAAUUCUCCCUAAUGUCUCUCUCUUCCUAACCUACAUCUAAUCGAUUACUUAAUCUUAAUUGAUUCUAUCUCUAAAAUAAGUCUUUCUUUACAUUUCCAGUUUAGUUCAAGACACUAGCUUUCCCUCUUUUCCUGGUCAAACAUUCUUCACAGAGGGGCAUUUUUUGCAAAUUAGAUUCUGCUUAGAACCUAUCAUUGGUGCUUGACUGCUUACUAUAAACCUAAAAUCAUUGACAACAAGGCCCUGUGUGCCCCAGUCCUGGUCUGCUUGUUCAGCUUCAUCUCAUCCUAUUAUGCCCCCACAUGUUCUGUACUUCAAACACACUGGCCUUCUCAGGUCCUUAAGUAUGCCUUGACCUUUCCUCCCUUGGGGUCUUUGCCCAGAAGGCUCCCUCUGCCUGGAGUGCUCUUCCUUCUCCCCUUUACCUGAAUGACUCCUCAUUUUUCAAAUGUUAUCUUAAAUGUCAGUUGCCCAGAAAAGCCUUCCCGGAUACAUUAAUUAGCAUGGUAUCAUAGCACCCUGUAUUUGUAUUUGCUUCCUAGCAGUGAACAUAAUUUGAUUUUAUUUCUUUUCA